GUGGUUCCGGGGAGAAAUCUGUCCAGGACCCAUGCGCGGCCACAGCUGUUUUCCCUGAUCCGGGUCCUUGCAGCACCCACCAGGGGAAGGAAAUUCCCAGGCAAGGAACACUGCUCAAAAAGUACUGUACCAUGUCUCCACAUCCCUGAGGGUCAAGUUGAAAAACUGGAAGCCACGGAAACUGUAAGCGCAAUGGCGGCGGCCGCGGCGGAGCAGCAGCAGUUCUACCUGCUCCUGGGAAACCUGCUCAGCCCCGACAAUGUGGUCCGGAAACAGGCAGAGGAAACCUACGAGAAUAUCCCAGGCCAGUCAAAGAUCACGUUCCUGUUACAAGCCAUCAGAAAUACGGCUGCCGCUGAGGAGGCUAGACAGAUGGCUGCAGUCCUCCUCAGGCGCCUUCUGUCCUCUGCCUUCGACGAAGUCUACCCAGCUCUGCCUUCCGAGGUCCAGGCCGCCAUCAAGAGUGAACUCCUGGUGAUUAUACAGAUGGAGACGCAGUCCAGCAUGAGGAAGAAGAUCUGUGACAUCGCCGCCGAGCUGGCCAGGAACCUGAUAGAUGAGGACGGCAACAACCAGUGGCCUGAAGGGCUGAAGUUUCUUUUCGAGUCAGUCAGCUCUCAGAAUAUGGGUCUGCGUGAGGCUGCCUUGCACAUUUUCUGGAACUUUCCUGGAAUUUUUGGGAACCAACAGCAGCACUAUUUAGACGUCAUCAAGCGAAUGUUAGUUCAGUGUAUGCAAGAUCAGGAGCAUCCAUCAAUCAGGACGUUAUCUGCUAGAGCUACUGCUGCGUUUAUACUUGCAAAUGAGCAUAAUGUUACUCUUUUCAAACAUUUUGCAGACUUGUUACCCGGAUUCUUACAGGCUGUAAAUGACUCGUGCUACCAGAAUGACGAUUCAGUCCUCAAGUCCCUUGUGGAGAUUGCAGACACCGUUCCGAAGUACCUGCGUCCUCACCUGGAAGCCACUCUGCAGCUGAGUCUGAAGUUGUGUGGAGACACCAGCCUCAAUAACAUGCAACGCCAGCUCGCUCUUGAAGUCAUCGUGACCCUGUCCGAGACUGCAGCUGCCAUGUUAAGGAAGCACACUAAUAUUGUUGCGCAAACUAUUCCCCAGAUGUUAGCAAUGAUGGUUGACCUGGAAGAAGAUGAGGACUGGGCAAAUGCUGAUGAACUAGAAGAUGACGAUUUUGACAGCAACGCAGUUGCUGGUGAGAGUGCUUUAGACCGAAUGGCAUGUGGACUUGGUGGGAAGCUCGUUCUGCCAAUGAUUAAGGAACACAUUAUGCAAAUGCUGCAAAAUCCUGACUGGAAGUACCGGCAUGCAGGACUCAUGGCUUUGUCUGCCAUCGGUGAAGGCUGUCACCAGCAGAUGGAAGGAAUUCUAAACGAAAUUGUAAAUUUUGUUCUGCUUUUCCUUCAGGAUCCUCAUCCCAGAGUAAGGUAUGCAGCCUGUAAUGCUGUGGGACAGAUGGCCACCGAUUUUGCCCCUUGUUUCCAAAAGAAAUUUCAUGAGAAGGUGAUUGCAGCCCUGCUGCAGACGAUGGAAGACCAAGGCAACCAGCGGGUUCAGGCCCACGCCGCCGCGGCCCUCAUCAACUUCACUGAAGACUGUCCCAAGUCGCUGCUUAUUCCGUACCUAGACAACUUGGUGAAGCACCUGCAUUCUAUUAUGGUCCUUAAGCUUCAAGAGUUGAUUCAGAAAGGCACCAAGUUAGUUUUGGAGCAAGUUGUAACAUCCAUUGCAUCAGUUGCAGAUACUGCAGAAGAAAAAUUUGUUCCCUACUAUGAUUUGUUUAUGCCAUCACUGAAGCACAUUGUUGAAAAUGCAGUUCAAAAGGAGCUCCGACUUCUGAGAGGAAAGACAAUCGAGUGUAUCAGCCUCAUUGGCCUGGCUGUUGGCAAGGAGAAAUUCAUGCAGGACGCGUCGGAUGUGAUGCAGCUGUUGUUAAAGACUCAGACAGACUUCAACGAUAUGGAAGAUGACGAUCCUCAGAUCUCUUACAUGAUCUCAGCCUGGGCCAGAAUGUGCAAAAUCCUUGGAAAAGAAUUUCAGCAGUACCUUCCUGUGGUUAUGGGGCCCUUGAUGAAGACAGCUUCAAUCAAGCCCGAAGUAGCCCUUUUAGAUACACAAGACAUGGAGAAUAUGAGUGAUGAUGAUGGUUGGGAAUUUGUAAACCUUGGAGAUCAGCAGAGUUUUGGUAUUAAAACUGCAGGACUAGAAGAAAAAUCCACUGCUUGUCAGAUGUUGGUUUGCUAUGCUAAGGAAUUAAAGGAAGGCUUUGUGGAAUAUACCGAACAGGUUGUCAAGCUGAUGGUCCCAUUACUGAAGUUCUAUUUCCAUGAUGGUGUCCGUGUAGCAGCCGCAGAAUCCAUGCCCCUUCUCCUGGAGUGUGCCCGGGUCCGAGGGCCGGAGUAUCUCACCCAGAUGUGGCAUUUCAUGUGUGAUGCUCUCAUCAAGGCCAUUGGCACAGAACCAGACUCGGAUGUCCUCUCGGAGAUUAUGCAUUCAUUUGCAAAGUGCGUUGAAGUAAUGGGAGAUGGCUGCCUUAAUAAUGAACACUUUGAAGAACUGGGAGGAAUACUGAAAGCAAAACUUGAAGAACAUUUUAAAAACCAAGAAUUGCGGCAAGUGAAAAGACAAGAUGAAGACUAUGACGAGCAGGUGGAAGAGUCACUACAAGAUGAGGAUGAUAAUGAUGUCUAUAUUCUGACCAAAGUGUCAGAUAUUUUACAUUCAAUAUUCAGUAGCUACAAGGAAAAGGUGUUACCAUGGUUUGAACAGCUGCUCCCGUUAAUUGUCAACCUGAUUUGUCCACAUCGGCCUUGGCCAGAUAGACAGUGGGGACUGUGCAUCUUUGAUGAUGUCAUCGAGCACUGUAGUCCAGCCUCAUUUAAGUAUGCAGAAUAUUUCCUGAGGCCGAUGCUGCAGUACGUGUGUGACAGCAGCCCGGAAGUCAGGCAGGCAGCUGCCUACGGCCUGGGCGUCAUGGCGCAGUACGGGGGAGAUAACUACCGCCCCUUCUGUACAGAGGCCCUUCCACUGCUUGUAAGAGUUAUUCAGUCUGCAGAUUCUAAGACCAAAGAAAAUGUCAAUGCUACCGAGAAUUGCAUCUCCGCCGUGGGCAAAAUCAUGAAGUUCAAACCCGAUUGUGUGAAUGUGGAGGAAGUGCUACCGCACUGGCUGUCUUGGCUGCCACUGCAUGAAGACAAAGAAGAAGCUGUUCAGACUUUCAAUUACCUGUGUGACCUGAUUGAAAGUAAUCACCCAAUUGUUCUUGGCCCGAACAAUACCAAUCUGCCCAAGAUAUUCAGUAUAAUUGCAGAGGGAGAGAUGCACGAAGCAAUUAAACAUGCAGACCCUUGUGCCAAGCGCCUGGCUAAUGUGGUUCGCCAAGUCCAGACUUCUGGAGGACUGUGGGCCGAGUGCAUCGCGCAGCUCAGCCCGGAGCAGCAGGCCGCCAUCCAGGAGCUCCUCCACUCGGCCUGAAGGGCUUGGCACCCACCGCGAAACUAACUCCAAAUAAACGUUGACCCUUUUGUUUAGGUUUCUUUGUUUUGUUUUUGAGCAAAGGAGAGCGGUAGAGUUGUGUAGGCCAUUCUUCCGGGGAGCCGCAGCAGGUGGAGCAGCGCUAUGUUGCCCAGUGAGCCCGCGGAUUCCUCUCACACCACUCAAGAGUUCCCUGUCAGCCCUGCAGUAGUGCUGAAGACUAUUUUUCUAUUGGUGUAAGCUACUCGAGUGAAGGGAAAGCGAAAGAAAAUUAAUUUUUCUCAUUAGUCAUAAGGAAUUUUAAGAAAAAACAGCUUUAAGAUCAGUUGCUCAGUGCAGAUGUGUGUUGAAACCAGUUGCUCUACACCUAGUGUUCAUUCCAUAAUUGGAGAUGAGUUCUUUGGUAGGGUAGGAAGAAACCUACCCAGCAAAGCAGUAGACCCAAAAGUUGAAAGACCUAGUGACAAAGAGCAAGCAUGAGGAUGUCCUAUUUGAUGCCACUUUUCGGUUCUUUUUCCCGAAAGACUAAGUGCAGUGACUCGGCGUGGAGGCCGUUGAGCUUCCAGCCCUUGAAUGUGAAGUGUCGUUGGCAUGUCUGGCAGUAGUCUCAUUCACUCCUCAAUAAACAAAGUUGAAACACAAGAGUAAUGUGUAAAAGUUCAGUACUGUCUGGCCUUGAUUCAUUUAAUGUUUUUUCUCUAAGAAUGAUCUAGUAUUUUUUUAAAGUAGUCCUAUGGCUCUGAAUGGUCCCCUGGCCCUCUCCCAUCCCUCCCGUUUUCCCUAUACAGUUCAAGCAAGGACAUCUUGUUUUUAUCAUCUUCUGCUUUGGCUUAAGCUAGGUUAUGAUAUACCUUUCCAUUUGCAGUUGAUAUCCUUUUUAAAGUCUGCGAAUUUUCCAACCGAUAUUUGUUUUUCCUGCAAUUGUUUUGGUUAAAUGAGAAAAACAAUUUGGAUUUGGAAUUUUCAUUGCAAAUUGUAAUUGCUAUAGGGUCACAUACAGCCUUUGAACUCUAAUUUUAUGAUGUGUAAUGGCUGGCAUUAUUUAAAAUUUCAGUACAAUCUGAGUGUUUUUAUGUGUUCACCUCAUAACAGUACAUGACUUGCUAUUGUUUUCCUUAAGUAUAUUUUUUUUUCUAAGGGAUCUUAACUAGAUUUCUGUUGAAAAUUUCAGUGUUAACAUUUUUAUAGUUUGUACUAAAUUUAACCGUGAUAUGAAAAUGAAUUUUAUGCAUAGGUCAGAAUUUAAAAUUAAAGAUUUGUUUUCUUUAAAUGAUUUGUAUUACUUUAUUAAGACUCAGUCUGAAAUUUAAGAGAAGGUAGAGUGGACUGUGUUGGGAUGGUUCGCUUGGAGCAGACACCCUUCAGUGAGGUAGGCCUCACUAGUGAGUGGCGUGACCGUGCAAUUCCGACGUUUGGGGGACGUUUGGGACCCCUGUGGUGUGUGGGGAUGGUUGCAGCUGCUUUAUUCCUGUGUUCCUGUGGGAGGGAGAGGGACAUGUGUCAGAGCACCCCGAGCAGUCAGCAGGAGCGCUGUGGUUUUUGUUUUGCACUGAAAGUACUGUAGCCCUAGGAGAAAAGAAAUGGAAAAGUGACAAGCAUGCCUGAGUUGAGCUGUCACGGUGGUUGGAAGACUAGGGUGUUUUUGGAGAGCCCUUGUGGAAACAAGAAUUCCGCCUACUUUCACAUUUACGCGCUGAUGGGCUGAUGAGAUGUACGUGUAGCAAGUCUAAGGCCUUUGAAAAGAAGUACUUCGGUGGUCACGGGGUCUGUGCGGACCAAGCUGACGAGCAGAGGAGCGAGAGGAACUGAGUCAAGUUCCUAGAGAGGGGAAUGUCCACGAUCCCAAAGCCCAGGGCUCGGAACUAGAAGAUGUUGCUCCGUGAACUGAUACUCCACUGAAGUCACCUGGAGACGCAUUCUCAAUACCUCAUUCUGUCUAUGCAAGAUGACACUUCAUGCUGUUUUCCUUGGCCUUUGUACCAGGUGUAGUGACCUUGCAUGUUGUUUAUGAAUCCAAGCUAUUUGUGGAAGGAGAAAUAAAUAUGUGUGGCCCUUACACUUUCCAGAAAUUUUGUAACAAGUUACACGCACAAGUGUUAGAAAUUUUUAGCAAAAUUCAACUUGGAGUAUUUUUUUAAUGCUGUAAGUUCAAAGUAAAAUUGUCUUAAGGCUGAUGUGACAUUUCUGUAAUGAGGCCAUUUUAUCAUAACUGUGGAGUUGUAGUUUGACACAGCCAUCAGUAAAUCCAUGAGCAAAUAAAUCUUGUUGAUG